GUCGGGUCAAGAACCCGACACCGAUUCCGGAAGUCAUAAAACCCUGCCCUAAUCGUCCUUCUAAUCGGUUCUCUCCCCUUUCAGCCAUAAACCCUAGGAGAGCGGUCUCCAUAGGCGGUGCUCCACUACUCGGAAGGAGCAGCCAUUCAUUCCGUCACUUCUUUCUCCGCCGACCAAAUCCUCCGGGUGUACUGUAAUCGCGAUUGCUACUGCUUGGCUCGUUAAACAAGAGAUACAAUGAGGUUGGAGUUCUGCUGGUUUUGCUCUUCGAAAAUCUAUCCUGGGCAUGGUAUUCAAUUCGUUCGCAAUGAUGCCAAGAUUUUUAGAUUCUGUAGGUCUAAAUGCCACAAGAACUUUAAGAUGAAGAGGAAUCCUCGCAAGGUGAAAUGGACUAAGGCCUAUAGGCGGUUACAUGGAAAGGAUAUGACAAAGGAUUCAACCUUUGAGCUGGAGAGAAAGAGGAACAGGCCCGAAAGAUACGACAGAAACGUUAUGGAGAAUACCCUAAAGGCCAUCAAGAAGAUUGAUAAGAUCAGACACGAUAGGGCGGCUGAUCAUAUUGCACAGAGAUGGAAGCCAAAGGCUGCAAAGGAGCGCAGAGAAGCAAGGAAAGAGUUGGAACAGAGCAUCAGCUUGAUCAAAGCUCCUCUUGCCAUUCAAGCACAAGAGCCAGCAAUCACAGUCCCCAAGAUCAAAGUCAAGGUCCCCAAGCAACAAACCCUCGAGCAACCCAUGGAAGAGUAACCUUUAUGUGUGGUUUCGUCACUCUUCGCUUCUGUUAUUCCGACUUUCCCUUUGAAGAAGGGCUGAGAUGUUGCUCUAUCCUAUGUAUUGGGUUGUUCUUGUUCCAGUGUAGCUGUGUAAUUCCACCUAAGUUUUUGUUAGGCUCGUUUAGUUGGAGACGAUUGUCAUUGGAAAACCGAUACUACUUUCAUGUCCAUCUACUAAUCCUUUUACGGCAAAAAUGUUGCGAGAAAGACGGUUGGGCUUAUUCGUGUAAAUGGGCUCUUUGUGGGCCAUGGCUAUCCUGCCAGGUGGCAACAGCCACGGGUUCUGAUUUCUGAAUCCCCUAGGAACCACGGUAACCACUAAACCCAGCAGUCCGGAAAGUACAUCGAAAGAAACUGAAACCAAAUCGCCGGCGAACUGACAGUAGGAGAGGAAGUAAGUGACUCACCGGCGGCUUCCUGAUGCUCUCACUCGCGGCAGCUUCCUUCCCUAUCCACCACAACCGUCUAAUCCUCUACCGCACAACUCCGUCUCCGCCCUUCACCGUCCGAUCUUCAGCUUCCGGCGGCGUCCAGGAGAUACAGGAAUCCUUUACCCCGCCACCGUCGACUCCGCAAGACGGAGAAAUAAGCUCGGAGCUCUUCGUCUCCGCGCCGUUUCCGCCGAUUAAAGGUGCCAAGCGAGUGGUGCUGGUGCGGCAUGGCCAGAGCACUUGGAAUGCGGAAGGAAGGAUCCAGGGCAGCUCUAAUUUCUCGGUGUUAACUAAGAAAGGCGAGUCUCAGGCCGAGACCUCCCGUCAGAUGCUUCUCGAUGAUUCCUUCGACAUUUGCUUCAGCAGUCCAUUAACUAGGUCGAAGCGAACUGCUGAAAUCAUUUGGGGCGAUCGAGAGGAGGAGAUUCUCACAGACUCUGAUUUGAGAGAAAUCGAUCUAUACUCCUUCCAGGGUCUCCUGAAGCACGAGGGGAAGGAGAAAUUCGGCGAUUCUUUUCGUCAGUGGCAGUUGGAUGCGCCGAAUUUCAGCAUUGAUGGUCACUAUCCGGUGAGGGAGUUGUGGGCGCGGGCUAGGAAUUGCUGGGAUAGAAUCUUGGAGCAUGAGAGUAGAUCGGUUCUUGUGGUAGCUCACAAUGCUGUGAAUCAGGCGCUCGUUGCUACAGCCAUAGGAUUGGGGACGGAAUAUUUUAGGAUUCUACUGCAGAGCAAUUGUGGUGUGAGUGUGCUGGAUUUCACACCUCGAGCUGAAGGUGGAUCCCCUUACAUUUGUCUCAAUCGUUUGAAUCAGACACCGAGCUCGCCUCUUGCUUCUGGCGGAGGGAGAAAAGCUAGCAAGCGGAUAGUACUUGUGUGCCAUGGAACAAUGCAAGGAAGUGCUGGUGAUCAAGGAAUGAACAUGCUUGGGAUUAUACAGUUCGUAUUCUUUGGAUAUCUACAGUCCCAGAAAAUUGCAGAGCUGCUUCUUGAUCUGCAAGUAAGCACAAUAAUCAGCAGCACUGAGGAUGUCAGUGUCGACACAUCAGUGGCCAUCUCUAGAGUCCAAGAAGCAGCAGAUUGCCUUGGUGCUGAUUGCGUGCCACGAUAUGUGGAGUUAAAGCGGAGUAAGGACCUUGACGCGACAGACAUCCUCCAGCAGUUAAACGAGGAAGGAAGCGAGGGGCAGCUACUUCGACCCGGUUUCCUGAACAGGUUUGACGAUGAAUCACUUUCGGCUUUGUGGGAUCAAUCUGGCAAAGCAUGGGAGACUCUGCUGAAUGAAGUAAGUGAUGAAUCCGACCCAGAAAAGGUAGCAGUGGUAGUGAGCCAUCCUGCAGUUCACAUUGCACUGAUGGGCCACUGCCUGAAAUUGACCAAAGAAUGGAUGGGAUCGUUUCAUCUGGAUGCUGGGAGCAUCAGCGUGGUGGACUUCCCAGAUGGAGCUGCCGGCAGAGGUGUGAUCCGUUGCAUUAAUUACACGGCUCAUUUGGGAAGAUGGGCCAUCCCCAUUACUAGACCGACCGCCGACGACGAAGAGUUCUGAUUCUGUAACGGCACAGUGUUGUAUAAUUGGAAGUUUUGCAGCUAACAAAGUUGUUAUUGUAUACUGGAAAACUGAUCAAUGUAUUUAAACAUAAUUUUUUGCCUAGUCACAGUGUGUACUUUAUUCACAUAGGGAGAGAUCGAGAUCAUAGUAAUGAACGAGGCUAUCAAUCAUUACGCUUAGUUAAGUGGGGCAAUUACGAAAUGGCUGUGGGCCUGUGGCACCGCACAAAAUUUGAUGGGCCCCAAUGAGACAAAUGGGCCGAAGUCUGGCUUCGUGGUAGGCCUAACACGGCCUCCAGUACCCAGACAUGAAAACUUGGGCCGAGCUAGGGCGAUACAUGGGCUGAGAAAUCUUGAGGCUCGAAAUUCGGGCCCCGUGCAUCUUCCCCGGUCAUUCCGAUUCCGGAGGUCGUAGAGACUGAGAAUGUGCUGUACUGCUGUACAUUUCCAGGGGUUUUGCGGAGGUUUUAGGGUUCAUUUCUUGACGCUCAGAAGAGGGAAGACAGGGAAAACCAGAGCUGUGAUGGCUACUUUGGCUGGCAGAUCAACCUGUGCGCUGAUGCGUGCGACGUGUAGUAAAGGAAGAACCUUUUGUCAAUCAGCGACAAUAAGCAAAAGGAUCUCUGUAUCAACUCCUUCAAUUCUUCCCAAUUUGACGCUUCGCGUUUCUCGAACUCCUCUUCCGUCUCCAAG